AUGACUCAUGACCUUGACACUCCCGCGCCGCUUAAUGAAGAGAAGAGUCUCACUACCUUCAAAAAAUUCUUUGGUUAUGAUGAUAAACCUCCUUCUGAGUUUUACAUGUUGCUUCAAGUCGCUCCGAAGGAUACAAUUGUAAAGAAGCGCUUGGGAGUGCUUAAGAAAAUCAUAAAUGUAAAGAAGGAUGCUGAUGCGUGGCUCGAUGUGGACGAUAGCGAACUCCUUACAAAUGACAAUUGGAAGAAGUGGGCUCUUCUUGCUGCCAAGAAGAACAAGAAGAUGGAGCCGGCUGGAGCUGUCGUGAAAGCGAUGAAUUAA